AUGUCGUUAUCAUAUCACGUGUUGGAUAAAAGUGGCAAAGCAACGAUUAGUUGCCUGUCUCGUUAUAUUGAAGAAAACGAUGACAUUCCCAAAUUGAAGAUGCCUCAACAGGCAUUGUCUGAAAAAGCAGCGUCUUCUAUCAUCCGUAGUGAAUUAAGACUCGAUGGUAAUCCUGACCUCAAUUUAGCUUCAUUUGUUACCACCGAAAUUGACGAUGAAUGUCAUAAUUUAAUGGUCGAGAAUUUGAACAAGAAUUUAGUUGAUACAAGUCAAUAUGCGCACAGUAGUGAACUUCAAGAUCGUUGUAUCAACAUCUUAGCUAAUUUGUUUCAUGCACCUCCAAACGAUCAAGGUGGAGCAGUCGGAACAGCCACUGUUGGUUCAAGUGAAGCAAUUAUGUUAGGUGGCUUAGCUCUUAAAUGGCGUUGGCGUACCAAACAAGCUGAAAAACAAGGAAAGAAGCCAGAAGAAGUGACUACUCGAUGCAAUCUGAUAUUCAGUGCUGCUGUACAUGUCUCCGUUUUAAAACUAUGCCGAUACUUUGAUAUUGAUGCUCGAAUUAUUCCUUUGGAACACGAUUGUUACACGCUCAAUAUUGAUCAGGUCAUCGCUCAAUGUGAUGAAAAUACAUGUGGCGUACUAGCUAUUCUCGGCACUACACUGACAGGUGAAUUUGAAGACAUCAAACGAUUAAACAUUGCAUUGUUAAAAUUGAAGAAUGAGAAUGGAUUAGACAUUCCUAUCCAUGUUGAUGGUGCUUCAGGUGCCAUGGUCGCUCCUUUCGUUUUUCCAGAGAUAGAAUGGGAUUUUAGAUUGGAACACGUUCGAUCGAUUAAUACUAGCGGUCACAAAUACGGACUAGUAUUACCAGGUUUGGGCUGGAUUGUUUGGCGGCGCAAAGAAGAUCUUCCUGAAGACUUAAUCUUUCACGUUAAUUACUUAGGCGUCGAUGAACCAACAUUCAAUCUCAAUUUCUCCCGCUCUGCUGCCAAUGUAAUUGGACAAUACUACCAGUUUCUCCGAUUGGGCGUUGAAGGUUACAGAAAAAUCAUGGAACUGGCAGUGGACAACGCUAAAUAUUUAGCUGAUUCGUUAAUAUCAAUGAGUGAGGGAUUAUUUAUUAUUCGCAGUCAAAACGACAAACCUUCCCUACCAAUGGUCGCAUUUUCACUCAAUCCAGCAAAAAAUCUUAAAUUUAAGGAAACAAAUAUUGUUGAACAUUUAAAAGAAUAUGGUUGGAUUGUCCCUGCCUAUACAAUGGCUGCUAACGCAAGCGAUAUUACUGUUUGCAGAAUUGUUGUACGCGAAACUUUUACUCGCAAUAUUGCUUCGAUUCUUCUCGAGGACAUUCGACUUGUUAUGGUUCGUUUGGCUAAUGAACAUGAGCACCAAGACUUGCUUGAUUCGUUGAAAGCAGCGCUUGAUGAUAAGCAUCAACAUCGACGAUCGAAACAACAUCGUGAUAAAGUAGCGAUAUAUAUAGAAUCGAACAAACGGGUUAAUCAACAUCAUAUUGACAAUAAGAAGAACGAGAAAAAUAGCAAAGAAAACAAGAAUAGAUGUCCUACCGUGCACAUCAUCUGCUAG